GGUUCUCAUCUCAGCAGGUCAGGUUAGCUUUAUUCUCAUGUUGGUGGUGCAUUGUAAUUUUCUCGUCUCGAAACCUGAAUGCCACAAUGUUGGGCACCAACCCUGAUCCAACCUAUCAAAAUGUCCCACGACCUGCAAAAUCUGCGAAAUGGAGAAUUCCUCAAGAACGAAUGAAGCCAGGCCCUGGAGUCCCCCACAGACACGACAACCAUCAUGUACCAAGUGGCGAGGUGGAGGCUCAGGGUCUGGGUCCUUGCUGCACCAGGACAGGUGUGCUGCUACUGCUGCUCUCCCUGUGUGUGGUGCUGCUGUGUGGAGUCACUGCCCUGGCUGUGCUUUAUGGCAUGAAAACCUCAGAGGAACGAAGCAAUGCUGUUCUAGGCCCCUCUGCUGAGCGAUGCUCUCUGGACUGGGAGAGUUAUGGAGGGAAAUGCUACCACUUCUCUCAUGACACAUUCGACUGGACUGCCGGCAGAGACAAGUGUGUAUCUAUGGGUGGACAGCUGGUCAUCAUAGAGAGUCGAGAGGAACAGAUGUACAUCACAGAGAAAUGUAAAGUAACCUUGGAUGACUUCUGGAUAGGAUUGACAGACUCUGAGAGAGAGGGCCAUUGGAAAUGGGUGGACAACUCUGACCUCAAAAACAUCACGUUCUGGCACCGUGGACAACCAAACAACUCUGGUGGCAUCAACAACAUAUACGUGGAUGGAGAGGAUUGUGCUAUAAUGAGAUAUGUGGAGAAAACAGAACUCCACUGGUUUGAUCAGUAUUGUGCUCAACUGAACAAGAUAAUAUGCGAAGCCAGGUCAAGGUAGAGUGUAGGUUAAUAUUUUUUUGUUAUGAUACUAAGAGUCACUGAAAGUGACAAAAAAUCCAAGACAAUUGUGUGUGACCCGCGUUGUCAGCAGUGGUUAGACCUGAAUGUACGGCUACAUAGGCCCUAAUAAAAUAAUGAACCACCUACUUAACAAUGACAUGCAUCCUGUACUGUAUAUGUCAAUGGUAUCAAAGUGAUGUCGCAUUACACUUUGGAAACUACAUACAUUUAAAA